UUACCCAGAUCGUUUGUUUUCAUGGAUCAAGUUUUGUAUUGGUCAGCGAAAUGAGGGAUAUUAGAUUUGAUUUGUGGUCAAUACGUUCACUCUCUACAAGGAGUCCUCUGGACUGUUCCAGGAAGUGUGAGACCAAUGGUACAUGUCUGUCCUUUCAGUACUCCUCUCUGACCGGUCAAUGUCGACUAUUCAACACCAUUUUUCUACACCAGGAUUCAGGAGUGUACAACAUCGGAUGGCACUAUUAUAUCGCAUCUAAUAGGCGCUGUAGAGACUCGUUUAUUGAUGCACGAGUCUUGGACAUGUGCUUUAAGUUUGUUGGCUUUCAUAAUUUAACAGAGGGUUUUAAGAAAUGUGCAAAAAUCCAGUCAAGUAUCAUCUCCAUAACAUCAGCAGAACAGAAUGAUUUUCUGAUCAGAUUAGUUGGUACUCUGUUUAAUGUCUCUCUUCUUCUUAAAUACAAGCGGCCAUUCAUUCAGGGAUUCUGGGACGGAAAUGAUUGGAUCCUGGACAAUGGAACCCCUUUGGUCUAUGCAAACUGGGAUACAGGUUAUCCAGUGACCAAAUGGGGACGAUACAUAAAAUUGGUCAAUGGGAAAUGGAGAACAACAAUCGCCUCGAUGACUAGAAGUGCGUUUUGUAGUUAUAAUCCAUAGAUCUGUUUUGCAAGAGUAUUACAAAUACAUUAUUCUGUUGUAUGGUCACACUAUGACAGCUUCUCAUAAUUUGUUUUGUGUAUGUUGUUGCACCUGAUAAUUGAUUAUUUGAUUGUUGCUUGUAACACCUACAAUACCUAUUGAGUAAGUAAUCUUGCUUUAAAUGACUAUCAAUCUAAAAUGCUAAAACUUUUAUUCUGCUUACCAGAUCAAUACGAUAAGGAAUCUGAUGAAAUUUAGAUUCAAAUUAGUGUAGUGAAAGUGAAAUGCUGAACUGUG